CUGCCUUUGUUUACAUCCAGUGCUGGUGACGAUGGGCCCGGAGAGGUGUGUUAGCUAACCCGUCUACCAGAGCUGUUUCAGGGGCACGGGGACAUCCUGCAGCGCGGGGGUCGACCAUCCGAACCGCAGUCACCAGAGGGUGAUGGAAGUGUCCUCACAGGAUCCAUCUCUCAUGGCAAUGGACCUGUCAAAGAGCUACAAGCCCCUGACCCGCAGCCACACUGAAGCCAUGGACCUGGCGAAGAAGCCGGAGUGGUACCACCGACGGCCGCCGAGCUGCAGCGCAGACAUCACCUCCUCAUACAGAUCCAGAGCAGCGUCAUCCUUCAAUCCUCUCUCCACGCAGCCAGGAGCACCCGUCCACUGCAGAGACAUGGAGCAGGGAUCUGAGGCUUUAGGUAACUACAUGAAUUCCACCCUCGCUCCAGGACUCGAUCUGUACCAUGACAGAGUUCAUGGCAACCUGUGGCAUCCGGGUUUUUACGAGCCCGACCAGAUCAGCGGCCCAGUUCCUGAAAGCAGUGGCGGAGAGGAGAGCGACAGCGGCUCUGAUGUUAUUUUCCUUGUCUCCUCUGCGAAGGAGCCACUCUUAUGCAGUCCGUUCAUCCAAGAUGGUGUGAGGCACAUUGUGGAGCCUCUGUCGCCGGCUGUGUCUUCAUUGGAUGAAGGGAGAGGUUGCUAUCACCUACCUCAGCCUUUGAGUUCGCCCAGCCCUGACAGCUCAUACUCAGAAGACUCCUCAGACAGCUCAGUCGACAUUCCUGUUCAUCACACAAGGCCCGUCGUCCUCCUGUCAGACCUCAGUGCCGUCUACGGCAACCCUGCUGAAUCUCCUGUUGAUAUUACUAGUGAUGACAGCGAUGUUAUCGAAGUUUCAGUCACUAAUGACAAGAAAAAAAGCUGCAACUUUCCUUACAAGAAAAACCUGUCUUGUAAGAAGAGCGUGAUGAGACCAACUCCACCUCAGAGUGAGGGGGAAAAGACUCCCCCUCACCUAACCCUACCUAAAGAAGUACGACGUAGCAACAGGAUCAGAAAAUCUUUGUCUGACACGCCCCAGUUCACUUAUGGUGUGUUUCGGCACAGUUUAAGGAGACAGGCCAAAAACGACGCAGUGGGUAUUUACAAUGAAAGUUGUGAUUCAGAUGAUAUGAUGGAGUUCGCGGUGAGGUCGUCAAGCCUACAGGCAGACGAGUCGGUGUCACAGCCAAAUGUUUCCCAAAGAGUGAGCAGUAAUUCAGACGAGUCUGAUGUGGAAGCUCGGACAGAGAGGAAAUCCCCUCCUAGGGCGCCGCAGCCUCGCCUUAAAGCUUCGUACACAAAAUGCAUCAAGCAAAAGAAGCCACUCGCCAUUCACAAAACAAAAACGUUAAGUCGAACAAAACAGAAGCAAAAACUCAGAAUCUCUCCACAGCAGGACCAACAGAGCUCAUCCUGCAGGAGUGUGUCAGGAAACAAAAAAACUGUCACCAGACGAAAGAGAAAAAGACAAACUCAGACUGGACCCUCUGCUCUGUUUUCUCCCAGAGAGCCAGAAAUCAUGCUUAAAUAUGCAAAAGUCAAAGGGGAGAAAAAGGACAAGAAAUCUGACAGGUUUUGUCCCUUCGUUCACAUGGCGCACAGGAUGUGCACGGUUGUCAACUAUCAAGAAGAGGAGGCGACCGUGCGGAGCAGCCGAGGGAGACAGCAGCGGACAGCCGCCAUGUCUUUGUCUGGAUUUGUUCCCAGCACUUCCUGUUUCCAGCUGGGUCGGCCCGGCUCAGAGAGCAGGUGUCAGGCCACACUGUCAUGCAGCCUGUGUGGUCAGACGGCCAACGUCAUGGGGCUCGGGGACCUUCACGGCCCGUACUAUUCCACCACUUCGUCUCUGAAUGGCCAGAGCUGCAGGACUGAGCAGAAAGAGGAAGACGACUCACAUGGACUCGCUAAUAGCCAUUCAAUAAAUUCCUCAGACGGGGGUUGUGAUGGUCACAACCGCUCUCCUGCCGUCAGAUGUUCGCUCGACAGGGACCAUGACUCGCUCCCAAAGUUGCCUCUUCAUAUGGAUGAGUGCUGGAUCCAUGAGGACUGCGGCAUCUGGUCCGCCAGCGUCUUCCUCGUCAGAGGAAAGCUCUAUGGGUUAGAGGAGGCGGCCCGGCUCGCACAGGAAGCAGUUUGUUCAACCUGCCAACAAACAGGUGCAAUAAUGGGCUGUUUCCAGAAGGGCUGUCCCAGAAACUAUCACUACAGAUGUGCCAUUCAGUCAGGCUGCGUCCUCAAUGAAGAGAACUUUUCCAUGAGAUGUACAGAGCACAAGAACAAAGCGUUCACCAGUGUAACCAGACAUCACAAGAGAUGACGCCAGAGACACGCGGGGCACUGGAGGAUCCACAGAUCUCCCCAGGGUGCGACGUGAGCUGCCUGACUGUCACCUCUGCUGUUUUUUAAACACUAAUUAAAGUGUUGGCUCCGAGCAGAAGGAAAAACCUUCUGGUAAGAGUUCACUCAUCAUGACAGACGGAUCAAACCAGGGGCCACUUGAGUGUUUUCAAGAGAAGUGUCUUUGUCUUGUUCUGUUCUUUCAUAGGUCUUUAAGUCAGGCAGUUUAACCAACUGGACUGAGCCUAGAUCAUGUGUGUGUGUGUGAGAGUUAAUGUGUGCGUGGGAGUUAAUGUGUGUGUGGUUGGGUGUGUAUUUAUUCUCGAUGAUCAACUCUUGGACUAGCCAUGUCACAAAUAAUGUUUAUUAUUUGACCAUAAUAAUGAUAUUAGAGUUUAGAUUAACUUUAUUAAUUCGUUGUAUAGAGUAUAAUAUCUUUAUAUAAGGCCACUUCUUUGCUUUCUACUGUUUUUGUACAACUUUUCUAUCACUGUUAGUACGCCAGUCUUCACAUAAACAUAACAUCAUUGAUAGUCAUGGAGAUGCAUGCACAGUUGAUGUUUGCUACAAGCACUUUAAAGUAUGAUUUUACUUCUUUUUUUUUUACUUUCCAUUUGUUGACUUUGCUCUUCCUUUUCUACUAUAAUUAUUUAAAUUAAACAGAAAGCUGAACUAAGCAAGAUUUAUAUAUAAAAAUGUUAGAUUUCUGUCUAAAUCACAAAGUAGGGCUGCAAAAGAAAACAAUCCAAUCACUAACUGAGACCACAAACUGUUAAUUCAACAUUUCCAAGCUGAUUUAUUUUUGGUGUCAGGUUUAAGAUUCUCGUCUGUGAACAAGACGUGGAAACUUAAAACCAACAAACUGUCUGUUUUGUGGCAGAGCUGCUGAAGUUUUCUCUCAUGUCAUGUUUGAGAGUUUUAAGUAUGUUUUAGUUUUAAGAUGUAAAGUUAAAAGUUAAUUUCAACCAAAUCACAAAAAAAAGUAAUCUGAUUCAGAUUAUUUUCCCUUUAUGUAUGAAACUAAAGUCAAGCUCAUUUUCUCACAUUGGUAAUUAUUGUAAAUUUAAUAUUUAAAUUGUUUUAGACUAAAUUGAGAAAAUGAAAACCGACAUAUUAAUCUGUAAUGUUUAAGCCAUGUUGGUUUCAUUGCAGAGAUCUCGUCAUCAUCACCAGUCACAAAUUCAAAUUUUAGCUUUUCAGGUUCCCGUAAUAAACAGAAAGUGUAAUAUAGCCGUGGUCUUUAUCCUGUAUUUGUUAACAAUUUGUCAUUUAGCUACUUUAUGAUUAUACUGAAGUACCAGUGAACGUACAGAAAACUGUCACUGAAUUUACUUGAUAGCAAAGAAACGUGACCAAAAAUAAAUCUGCUUGAAAUAUUCUUUUCUAUGAUUCCUAAGCAGCUUUGUGGAUGCUUAUGAAAUUGACUGUGGCAAGUGCUAUUCAGGCUAAAACAAACAUAUGUGAUUUUCUUUAGGUUAAAUAUGCUACACUGGAUUAUCCUCAGCAAAUAAAACUAUGACUAACCCGAACUGUAUUUAAAGAUGGACGACAUGAUGAGUCCCAAAAAUAAUGCUAGAGUGAGGUUGAACAACGUUAUGAUUGACCGCUGGGACUGACUUGUGAUUGGUCCAGCGCAUGUGACUGCAAGGUCCCACGACCACAUUUUCAUUCCCUGAUCGCUGCUCUGCAGGCUCUGGCUCCAAAUGAUGGCAGCCACCAUAUCCGGGAUAUUUUGGCUUAAUUUCUGUUAAGUGGGAUGAAGUGGAGAUGCAUUGUCCAUCUUUAUUUAGAGUCUAUGAUGAUGAAUUACAUAACCUGGUCAUGUAAAACUGGAAGUUGAAAAAUAUGGAUUUGUGAUUUGCGUGAAUUGGCCCUUUAAUAUAUUUCUAACCUUUCGUUGCCAUGUGGAUCUGAAGUCACAGAUUGUAGCUUCAACUGUCCAUCCUCUGUAUGAUCUGUUGUAUUUCAGUUUUCAUGAAUCAUGACUGGACAGACAUGACAGAUGAUAAACAGACACUAACCGUUUAAAAAAAAAAGAAAGAUGUUAAGUAAAUUGUGAGAGUUUGUUUCAUGCCUGCACUUUAUAUUGUUUGAGGAGUUAUUAUUUAAUAAAAGUCAUUGAAAUUGA